AUUUUCGUUCGAAAACAGUGAGUAAUCGUACGUCAGAGACAGAAGUGCCAUCAAAUGUGAUUAAAUCGUAAUUGAGAUUAUUAUUUUUUAUCAGCUGAAGUACCAUCAUAUCUGAUUAAAUCGAAUGACCACGAAAGUUUAUCGAUUAGUGCUGCUGUUGGGAUGUUUCUUUCUCGUCGAAUCAAUAAACAUGGACGAUUUCUUCCCUGACAUAAACGGUAACUUAACAAAAAUCACUUGGGCCCACGCUGUGAACAACAAAACUUAUCUUGCUGCAUCUCUCAACAGUUCUGCUAUAAUGAUGCUGGAAGCUGACGUCAUUUAUGGCAAAAUCAAUGGAAGUGGUGAGUUAAUUCCCAUCAUGGGUCAUCCACCUGCAACCCAAUCCGACCUCUCCCUCGAGGAAUUCCUAACAACGAUUUACAAUUUUAACAAGGAUGAAAAUAACCGAAAGGUUCGGAAAGGUGUCAAGCUGGAUUUUAAAUCAACGGAGGUUUUCACCAAAUCUGUCGACUUUAUCAAAAAACAAUACAAUCAGAUUGAUUAUCCCUUGUGGAUUAAUGCGGAUAUUAUUCGGGGACCUCUCAACUUUGAGACAGUUCCAGUCGACCCGAACAUCUUUUUAUCGACUGCCAAAGCUUUCGACAAGUCUGUGUUAUCACUAGGAUGGACGACAACUCGACCAACGAUGGGUCUAGCGUAUAAUAACGCUCAAGUAAAUGCGAUGAUUGAAGUGAUAAAAGAAAAUGACGUUAAACAAGAGAUAACUUUUGCCGUUAGGGCGGGAAUUGCGGCUCAAAGCCUCGCCGAAAUGAAGCUGCUGAAGGAUGAAGUAAAUAAUUGCACUCUGACCAUUUGGUCCAGCGAAGGAGACGAAGUCGACGUUCCAAAACUAAGGGAUUUGAUAUUUGAAUACGGGAUUAAGCGGGUUUAUGUUGACGUGCCUAAGGAUUUACGCGACCGCCUGGACUUGGGAAAUAAAUAAUUUUGUAAAUUUUCACAAUAAAAUGACAGAUGUAAGUACGUGA